UCCGUCGUGAAAAAAAACCCAAACACCGAACUUUCACAAUGGCUUCGACCAAAAAAUCAAAUGCCGAAAUCAAGAGCAAAGAAGCGGGAACGUCGAAGCCAGCUACCAAAACCAAAACCCUCAACGCCAGAAAAUCAGAUAAGAACGAUUCGAAGAAGAAGAAGAAGAAGAAGAAGAUUUACAGCAAUAAGCAUUCGAAUAAUGGCUCUGUGAAGGAGGACGACGCCGUAUUUAUUUCUGCUCCAGGUUCCGCGUCGGAAGAGGAGGAUGCCGGCGAGGACAGAGCCGAAACCAGAAGUAAAGAAGCCAAGACCUCGAAAUCGAAGGUAGGAAAAUGGAACCAUGUGAAGAAAGAAGAGAACGGAUAUGCAGAACAAGAAGAGGAAGAGGAAGAGGCCCAUGAGAAGAUUUAUACAUUCCCUAUGCAGCGGAUCAAGAAAAUCACGAGGGAUGAAAAUUCUGACUUUCGUAUAAAUCAGGAAGCUCUAUUUCUUGUCAACAAAGCUACGGAGAUGUUUCUUGUGCAAUUUUGCAAAGAUGCGUAUGCUUGCUGUUCUCGGGAUCGCAAGAAGUCUCUUGCUUACAAGCAUCUAUCAUCAGUAGUUAGCAAAAGGAAACGAUAUGACUUUCUUUCAGAUUUUGUCCCUGAAAAAUUAAAAUUUGAAGAUGCAUUAAAGGAGAUAGGCAUGGCAGAGUCGGGGAAAGACGAGGCGUCUUGAUAUUUCAACUCCAUACUUCAUCUUCUUCUUUGUAUUUGUUAUAUUUAGUCAUCUUUAUUUUCCUCCGUACAGUUUGUUACCAAAGUUAUUAACAUAGUUUUUAUU